UGGGUGCCCGUGGUUUUGUGUCUAUAUAAUUCAUUGUGAACCUCCUGAUGGAGUCUCAGGGCCUUGUAGUUGACAGCUGCAGGGAGGUGCCUGAGUUUUUGUUUGCACUGUUGUUGCCUGUGAGGAAGUGUGUGCGAGUGCUGUGCGUGGGACAAAGGAUUCCAAAGAAGACAGUCAGUCACUGAACGAAAAUCUUUCUGCACCUCCAUUUCACCGGGUUAAAUGAAGGAGCUGUGAUGGGGCCCUUUGGAGCCCUGUGUUUGGCCUGGGCUUUGCUAGGUGUGGCCAGAGCGUGUCCUGAGCCUUGCGCCUGUGUAGACAAGUACGCCCACCAAUUUGCAGACUGUGCCUACAAGGAGCUGCGCGAGGUCCCAGAAGGACUGCCAGCGAACGUGACCACACUUAGUCUGUCCGCCAACAAGAUUACGGUGCUAAGACGGGGAGCCUUCGUCAACGUCACGCAGGUCACGUCGCUGUGGCUGGCUCACAGUGAGGUGCGCACCGUAGAGUCCGGGUCUUUGGCAGUGCUGAGUCAGCUCAAAAACCUCGACCUAAGCCACAACCUCAUAUCCAACUUCCCUUGGAGCGACCUUCGUAACCUGAGCGCGCUGCAGCUGCUGAAAAUGAACCACAACCGCCUGGGAUCGCUGCCCCGGGAUGCACUCGGCGCGCUCCCGGACCUGCGUUCUCUGCGCAUCAACAACAACCGGCUGCGUACUCUGGAGCCCGGCACUUUCGACGCGCUAAGUGCGCUGUCUCACCUGCAACUCUAUCACAACCCCUUCCACUGUAGCUGUGGUCUCGUGUGGCUGCAGGCCUGGGCCGCGAGCACCCGAGUCUCCUUACCGGAGCCCGAUUCUAUUGCCUGCGCCUCGCCUCCUGAGCUGCAGGGAGUACCAGUGCAUCGCCUGCCCGCCCUGCCCUGCGCUGCGCCCAGCGUACGUCUGAGCGCAGAGCCGCCGCCUGAGGCGCCCGGCACCCCUCUGCGUGCAGGCUUGGCUUUCAUGUUACACUGCGUCGCUGAAGGCCACCCCACACCCCGCCUGCAAUGGCAACUUCAGAUCCCGGGUGGCACUGUAGUAUUAGAGCCGCCGGUUCUCAGCAAGGAAGAAGAUGGAGGAGGUAAGGUAGCGGAUGGGGAGGGUGACGGAGAUGAGGACCAGCCUACACAGACUGAAGCUCCAUCUCCGACACCAGCACCUGCUUGGCCAGCGCCUCCAGCCACGCCGCGCUUCUUAGCCCUCUCAAAUGGAUCUCUCCUGGUGCCCCUCCUGAGUGCCAAGGAGGCAGGCAUCUACACAUGCCGUGCACAUAAUGAGCUGGGCACCAACUCAACAUCAGUAAGGGUGACGGUGGCUGCAGCGGGGCCGCCAAAACAUGCUGCUGGAACGGGGGAAGAACGUGAUGCGCAGGCCCCGACCUCUGAGCGCAAGGCCACCACUAAAGGCCGUAGCAACAGCGUCCUGCCCUCCAAGCCUGAGGGCAAAACCAAAGGCCAAGGUCUGGCCCGGGUCAGCGUCCUCGGGGAAACCGAGGCAGAGCUGGAGGAAACAGAUGAAGGAGAGGAAGUGGGAGAUCAGAUCCCCGCAGAUCCGAUGGGGGAGAAGCAUUGUGGCCAUGGGGAUCCCUCACGUUAUGUGUCUAAUCAUGCAUUCAACCAGAGCUCAGAGCUCAAGCCUCACGUUUUUGAGCUGGGCGUCAUCGCUCUGGAUGUAGCCGAGCGUGAGGCUCGAGUGCAGCUGACGCCUCUUGCUGCACGCUGGGGCCCUGGGCCAGAUGGUGCUACCGGAGUGCGGCGGCCUGGAAGGCGGCCCCUGCGCCUACUCUAUCUGUGUCCUGCGGGGGGUGGCGCCGCAGUUCAGUGGUCGCGCGUGGAGGAGGGGGUCAAUGCCUACUGGUUUCGUGGCCUGCGGCCUGGUACCAACUAUUCUGUAUGCCUGGCACUGGCGGGCGAGGCAUGCCACGUGCAGGUGGUAUUUUCCACGAAGAAAGAACUGCCGUCCCUGCUGGUUAUUGUGACAGUGAGCGUAUUUCUCCUGGUGCUGGCCACUGUGCCCCUGUUGGGUGCCGCCUGCUGCCAUCUACUGGCCAAACACCCAGGGAAACCCUACCGUUUAAUACUGCGGCCACAGGCCCCCGACCCUAUGGAGAAACGCAUCGCCGCCGACUUCGACCCGCGUGCCUCCUACCUUGAGUCUGAGAAAAGCUACCCUGCCCGAGGCGAGGCGGGAGGUGAGGAGCGGGAGGAGGUCCCGGAGGAGGGCCUUGAUGAUGUGGAGCAGGAGGACCCAAGAGGGGACCUUCAGAGAGAGGAAAGCCUGGCGGGUUGCUCGUUGGUAGAGUCUCAGUCGAAGGCCAAUCAGGAGGAGUUCGAGGCUGGCUCUGAGUACAGCGACCGGCUGCCCCUGGGAGCGGAAGCAGUCAACAUCGCCCAGGAGAUAAACGGCAACUACAGGCAGACAGCGGGCUGAGCCCACAGCACGCCUAGCCUGCCCACCUCCACCUUGGGUACCUCGUAGCCUAGGCAUGGCAGGAC